AUGACAGCAGUGGCUCCUCAACCGUUCACUGAACUCAGUCCACUCUAUGUGGCAUGUCGGGCAAAUAAUGUGCACUUAGUGGAACAAAUUUUAGCGAAUAUGUCAAUUGAAGAAAUCAAUCGAAUAGAAUCGAAUGGUUCGACUGCUCUUCAUGUUGUUGCUUACAAUGGUCAUAUCGAAAUUGUUCGUCUUUUACUUGGCAAAGGAGCGUCUAUGAUGAUUAGAAAUAGGUUUGGUUUACUACCAGUACAAGAAGCCCGUACAGAUGAAAUCAAAAAGUUAUUUGAACAACGCGAACAACAAAACAAUGAAAAUCGUUUCGUUGGAGAUACCAAUUUCAUUGAAUGGUUAACAGUUAAUGAACGAGCAGCUGAGUAUGCCGUAUUUUAUCGCGAUUCAUUGAAAGACGCCUAUGAAAAUGGCAUCGAUUGUGAUCUCCUAGUGUAUUAUUUAAAGGAGAUAGUUGCGAACAAUCCGAAAGGGAUGCUUGACAUUAUAUAUUGUUUUCGUGCGUAUUUCGAAAGCAAAGAUGCUACACAUAUUGUGAAAGCUUAUACGGUGGAAUCUGACUUUUAUCGUACAUUAAAUAAAGAUCUGGCGAAAAUGAUAAGUCACAGAGAUAGUAUUGAAACAGAAGUUAAGAUAAAAGUCAAAAUACCUGGAGCAAUUGCAGCUGUUCUUAGUUGCGACCCAGCGCUGCAGCAAUUGUCUUUUACGGGUGACACGUUUCGAGGUAUGUGUGUAACGACGAAUGAUCUUGAUCAAUACAAACCUGGUUCGAUUAUCAUGACCAAAUCUUUCUUAUCUACGUCGAAAAACAAAGAAGUGGCUGAAGGUUUCAUCACUAACGAACUCGAACAGGAAGGUCCUGCUAGUAAUUCGAAAAAAAUUUCGGUCAUAUGCCGUUAUUCUAUUCGUAAUCGUAACACGGCGUUGGCCAUCGAAACACUUUCAAUAUUCAAAAAAGAAGAAGAAGUUCUUAUUCUUCCGAUAAACGUUUUCAAAGUUGUUUCCGUGCAAGAGAAGAACGGACGAUUCGAAAUCAAAUUAGUGGAGCAAGAGCGCUUAGCCAGAUUAUCACUUGGCUCGGAGGACCCGAAGUUUGCAGGCGUAUUCGGUAUAAUAUGCCACUUUGCGUUUCCAUCUUGUUAUCGAAAGUGUUGCAUGAGAUGCUGUGGAGUUGUCGAAGCUCCUGAAUAA